AUGGCUGCGGAGAACAUGGAGAAAAGGGAAUUUGACGAAAAACUUAUUUUAGAAGUUGAAGCCAAUCCAGCUUUGUACAACAAAAGCGAGCGUUCCUACUCCGACCGCUACAAAAAGGAAGAAGGAUGGCAAAAUAUUGCAAUUGUUUUAAAUGCAGACGUGAAACUAUGCAGGGAACGAUGGAAAAAUUUGCGAGACACAUUUGCAAAGUGUUAUAAAAAAGAAAAAUACACUCCUAGUGGCUCACAAGCACCAAUUAAAAUAUCUUGGCCCUACUAUGAGAUAAUGAAAUUUCUGAUCCCAAAUGUGGAAGUGCCAAGAACUUUCGGGAACAUGGAGAAGGAGGGAGACACAAAUAAUGAAGUCUUCGCGACAGUUCCUACGGAGGAAGAAAUAACAACACCCUCGAAUAAGCGACCAAAUAGUUCUCCCACUGCACAAAAGCCGACAAAAAAAAAAUAA